UUUUUUUUUCCCAUCAACACCUCUUCAAAAUACGAUCUUCACGGACUAUCAGUCACGCUUGAUAAAAACAAUCAAUUCGUUUUCUAACGCGGAUAUUUCUUACCCCACUACAGCAAACAUGAGUGGAUGUGGAUGCACCUGUGGCUCCGCUUGUUCUUGUCCUUCCGGCGCCUGCAACUGCAAAUAAAUCAUGCCGCCGGAGGCGCGAUCACAUAUUAUCCAUCCCUCCAACCGGUGUAGAUUAUUAUUCGACACGGAUCCUCAAGUCGAAUAUCCGCGGUCUUCGUGUUUCUCUCUGGCCGCCGAACACCGAGUGCACAAGGAACCGACCGAUGUCGAAGCCAAAUGCGUCAUGACGGAGAGUGAAAGGAAGGGUGCGGCCCAACUCGGGAGGUUGAUUGAUGGGUAUUAGGAUAGUCUCUGGACUGAGUUUAUGAUCGUGUAUCUGCCUACAUGUUUUUUUUUUAUCGCUUGGCCUGCAAUACGAAAUCAUAAGGAUCGUUUGCUCCGUCCAUAUGUCUUCGCCAUCAGUAACUCAAAACAAAAAAAAUUCGCUUUUUGC